AGAUAUAUUCUGUGUGAUAAUAUUAUUAGGGAAUAAUUAUUAUUACCUAUAGUUUUAGAGUUUCUUUUGUGAGGGUGGACGUGUAAAUACUAAAUACAAAUUAAUCAUUGUGUAGUGCCAAUAAUAGUUUAUUUUCCUGUCCAAAGAAUUAUACCUAAUCGUUCGAGAUGGGAUGCGACGGUGGAACUAUACCCAAGAGGGACGAGCUUGUACGGACCAAAAAGAAACCCGAACAGAAAGAUAAAUCAUCCAUGCAGUUAUAUCGUUGGCGUAAUUGUCACUUGACUCAAGGACCUCUUCGACCACCAAUAGUCGCUUGUGGCAUGGGGCUCUUAUACAAUAAAGAAUCAGUUCUACAGCAUUUAGUAAAUAAAACUCCAUUUCCUGAAGCUUCAGCACACAUUAAGAGUUUAAAAGAUAUAAAAGCUUUGAAAUUAACUCCCAAUCCAGCGUUCAACGGAAAAGCUCAAAGUGUUGGAGGAUAUAUUGAUGAUAAUAGUUCACCUUACAUAUGCCCUUUAGUUGGUCUUGAAAUGAAUGAUAGAUCGAAAUUCUGUUUUUUGUGGAAAUGUGGAUGUGUUAUUUCAGAGAGAGGUCUUAAACUCGGUGCGGAUAACAAGUGUGUUAAUUGUGUAAUGGAGUAUGAAGAUGAUGAUAUUGUUAUAUUAAAUCCGACCGAAGAAGAUGUAACAUUAAUGAAAGCCAAAUUGGCUAAACGCAAAGAUAAGAUUAAGAGUAAAAAAAAUAAAGUCAAACAAGAAGUUGUAGUUAAAGAAGAACCAGUUGAUGAAGAUGAAAAACCAAUUAUUCCAUCAUCAAUCAUACCUGUUAAAACUGAAAAUAUUGAUGUUAAGAAGGAAAUAAAAAAGGAACAUAUAAAGAAAGAACAAAUAAAAAGACCAAUCCCUAGUGCUGCAGGAUCAAGUUCUUCCGUCACCUCUGCUAACUGCCGCAAAUUAGAAGAUCCUGUGUACAAAAAAGCAAAACUUGCACACAGCAUUUCUAAAGACCAAACUGCAACCAAUGUAUAUAAGUCAUUAUUCACAAGUCAUGAAGACGACAAGAAUCAAACUCGAGCUCAUUGGAUUACAUACAAUCCUUUCUAUAACUAAACCUAAAAGCUCUGUUUUGUAUUUUAAUUUUUCUAUCAUUUUUUCUCCUUUAAAAAUAUUUACUUCUAUGUUACACUCCAUUUGUCUUGAAGUAUUUUUAUUUUUAUUUUAAUAAUUCUAUUAAAAUAAAUAGAAUUUAAAAUAAUUUACAUAAUAAUGACUAUUUAGAGUGAAAAUUUCACUCUAGUAUACCUGGGUUUUAAAUCAUCUUACAUAUUAUUGAAAAAUAGGUUAUGAUAAGUUCAAGUAUUAUAUUUUUUAAAUCGUGGGAAUAAUUUUCAUGUCAACUUUGAUAUGUCACCAUCAAAACUUAAAUAAAUGAAGUUAGUGUAUUUCUGGUAAUUUAAAAUUGAGAUAUUGAAAUCAUACUGUUCAUAUAUUUACCUAUAUAAACAUUAUAAUUGAUAUAUUUAUAUGUAUGUAAUAAUUUUUACUAAUAAAUAAUAACUACAUGAAUAACA